UCCAUGGCUGCUGCACAGACAUCCAUCAGGGCUUUCUUCGGGCUGCUGAUAGCUCUCUUCUGCGUGGGUUCUGCUCAGGGUGGGAAACUGUUAGUGAUACCAGCAGAUGGCAGCCACUGGACUGGCAUGAAGCCCCUGGUGGAGGAACUGGGGAGGAGAGGCAACCAGGUGGUGGUCGUGAUCCCAGAGGCCAGUCUUAGCAUGGGCCCCUCAGAGCACACCACCACCCUCACCUAUCCCGUACCAUUUACCAAGGAGAAAAUGAAGGACACUGUUGGACAAAACCUGGAUAAAUUCAUGAGCAUGGACAUCUCAACCUCUGUGGCAAAGUUACAGCAUUACUGGAAGUCCCUGGCCAUGCUGAGUAAUUACACCGUGAUGACUUGUGAAAUCAUGCUGUACAACAAGGAGCUGAUGCGGACUUUGCAGGAUUAUGACUUUGAUGCUCUCCUCACAGACGGGUUUUCACCUGCAGGAAUGAUCACUGGAGCUUAUCUGGACAUUCCCUCCAUCUACAUGCAUGGUUUUUACCCUUGUCCCCUUGAAAUUGUCUCCACACGGUGUCCUAGUCCUGUUUCAUACUUGCCACGCCGUUUCACACACUAUAGCAAUCGCAUGAAUUUGUGGGAGAGGACUGUUAACCUGCUGAGGUCCUGGCUGGAGCCUGCAGCCUGCAGUCGUUUUUACCAUCAUGCAGAUAAGGUGGCCUCAGACUUCCUGCAGAGAGAGACAUCCAUUGUGGAGCUGGCCAGCAAUGCAGCGCUGUGGCUCUUGGAUUAUGGCUUCACCUUUGAGUUCCCCAUGCCUCUGAUGCCCAACAUGAUCAUGGUUGGGGGGAUGAAAGCUGGAAAGUCUAACCCUCUGCCACAGGUGUGUUUGCUGUUUUUAGUUCAUUUUGAUUAG